CUCUGUCUCGUCCCACUCACACUCUGUCAGAGCGCGGCGUUGACAGCCACUGGCCACUGAUCAGCCCACUUUGUCGGGGUUUGUGUCUCCAUGCAAGACUGCUGAAAAAUAAGCUCUGACUCUCGCAUUUUCUUUUAUUCGCAAAGGCAAGCAUACGCGACCAAACAACAAGUCCGUCCACGGCAACAAAAGCACGAGGUGUAAAAAAGCCUUUAAGUCAUUUUCUAGACUCAUCACUGUCUCACAGCUCCCUGCACAAUGUCUGGAGAGGACGCACCUGCCGAGCAGCAAAACGCCGUGGACCAGAAGCAGGAGACCAAAGCCGCCGAGGAACCCAAAGCCGAGCCUCCCAAGACGGAGCCCGCACCCGCUGCCGCCACCGCCGAGGCGACGGCUACACCCGCGGCGGCCACCGAGAAGGUCCCCGAGGAGGAGACGUUCACCUAUCGCGCUCUGGUGCUCACUGGCUACGGGGGGUAUGAUAAAGUCAAGCUGCAGGUGAAGAAGGGCAAGCCGGCGCUCAAGGCUGGCGAGGUCCUGGUUCGGGUCAAGGCUUGUGGGCUCAACUUCGCAGACCUGAUGGCUCGGCAGGGGCUUUACGACCGGCUGCCGUCCCCGCCGGUCACCCCGGGAAUGGAGUGCUCUGGGGUGGUGGAGGCUGUGGGGGAAGAAGUGACGGACCGAAAAGUUGGCGAUAAGGUGAUGGUGUUGAACCGCUUUGGACUGUGGCAGGAGGUGGCGGUGGUGCCGUCAACCCACACCUUCCUCAUUCCAGAGGGCAUGAGCUUUGAGGAGGCAGCGGCCCUCCCUGUGAACUACAUCACUGCCUAUAUGAUGCUGUUUGACUUUGGCAACCUGCGGCCCAACCAGAGCGUCCUCAUCCACGCUGCUGCAGGUGGUGUGGGUAUUGCAGCCACUCAGCUGUGCAAGACAGUGAAGGAUGUGACUGUGUUUGGCACGGCAUCCGCCAGCAAGCACGAGACCAUCAGCGAGGGUGGAGUCACGCAUCCCAUUGACUAUCGCACCAAGGACUAUGUGGAGGAAGUCCGCAAGAUCAGUCCGAAAGGGAUGGACAUAAUACUGGACCCUCUCGGAGGAUCAGACACCCAUAAGGCCUACAACCUGCUGAAGCCUAUGGGGAAACUUAUCACCUAUGGUACAUCUAACAUGCUCGCCGGCCAGAAGAAAAACCUGCUCGCCGUGGCCAAGAACUGGUACCAUCAGUUCUCCAUCCACACGCUCAGCCUGAUCCAGGGGAACAAGUCGGUGUGCGGCUUCCAUCUGGGCUACCUGGACGGGGAGAUGGAGCUCAUCACCCAGGCCAUGAACACCAUCCUGGAUCUCUACAAGGAGGGCAAGGUCAAGCCCCGCAUCGACUCCACUUGGCAUCUUGAGCAGGUGGGCGAUGCCAUGAGAAAGAUGCAGGAGAGGAACAACAUCGGCAAAGUGAUCCUCAACACAGAGCCGAUGCCCGAGGAGGAGAAGAAGGAGGAGCCCAAGAAGGAGGACAAGAAGAAGGAUGACAAGAAGAAGGAUGACAAGAAGAAGGACGAUGGCAAGAAGGAGGAGAAGAAGGACGACAAGAAGAAAGAGGAGCCCAAGAAGGAGGAGGAGAAGAAGGAAGAGCCCAACAAGGAGGAGAAGUGAGAGGGAGGGACGGAUAGUCAAGCAGAGCAGCAGAGAGUUUGUGUCCUGGGAGCGGGGGGGUGAAGAAGGAGAUGGAUGGGGUGGGAGGUGGGGUGGAGUGUAAGAAAGGAUUGGAAGGAGUUAGAAGGGUAGAUUACAAAAUGAUCACACCAGUGUCAGUCGUUCAUCUCGUCCACCUCCCCUCCGCCUCACCCUCUCGACUCCACAGUGGCAGUGAUUACUCAGGCCUGGCUCCACCCACCCCCUUCCCAUCCUGUAUUCUUGCAUUUAUCUCUAAAAAGAAGAAAAAAAUGUCCAAUCACUUGUAACACCUUGUAAGCACCGAAACCUAUCUCUCUGCCUCACAAGAUUGAGAAGGCAGCCGCAACACUCGAAAGAUUUUUCCCAUCUGGAAUGACGAGAGACAAGAGCCGUGGAGGAUUGUGGGUACGGUCCAGGCCUGGGGCAAAUUACUGUUUCCUUGACAACCGUAAUCCCUGCUCACACUCCGGCCCCACCCUCGACCCCCAUGCCCCUCCACACCUCAACUCCCACUGUGCUAAAUUGUUCUGCUCUGACUUCCACCUGCCACCUCCUCUUCCCCCCUCCCCCCCCCCCAAAGUCCCACACCAACACCACCACCGCCCCCAACCCAUCCACGGGUCGGACCCACAGACAGGCACAAAGGCAGGCAGAUAAACAGAGAACCGCACCCACCCACACGUUGCUCUUCUAGUAUCCAACGCUUAGUUAUGUCACUGAGGAUGAGUCAGAGAUGCCUGUGAUUGGCUGAUGCACCCCAGCUCCCCUGGAGAUAUUUGCAUUGUGGUUUUGAUCAUGAUGUUUGAUUGUUCAGACAAUGGUGUUAGUGCUAGAAGGCCUAACAUUGGUUAUCAUAUAUAUAUGGCCUUAUCUUCGAUAUUUCUUUUAUCAUUCUCCAUGAGUGUAGAAUGAGACCGCUCCAUAAUGCAUGCGUUCCAAUCCAAUUUCAGUGAAGUUAAUGUAGUGACUACAGUUUUGCACUUGCCUGAAUAUGAAUUGUCCUCAUAAUGAGCCUUUCUGUGCAGUGUUGAAUAGGGAGGCAGAACUCAUUGCUCAGCUUCCUUCUCCUUAGUUACAGAUUUUUCUAGCUGACCAACUGUUGGCAAGAAGUUUGCAGUGCCAAUUAAGAGAGAAUUUGUUUCUGUUUAAACAAGUCACAAAUACACACACAUACACACUCUGAAUGUGAUGAAAGAGGCACUGUCAUGCUGAGACAGUGAAGCGUCUGAAAUGAGCAAGUUAAGAAGGUGACUAUCAGUCCUUUUUUCUUCAGGAUCAGGCUUUCUUCCUCCCUGAUCCUCCUCCAGGCAUUCCAUGGCAUUCUGCUGCUUUCACAGCGGCCGCUCGCCUGUCGAUCACCCUGACCUGUGGAGGGGAGAAUUCAAUUUAAGUUGGCGUCCAUACUUCGCCCCCCCUGCUUGUCUCUACUCUACACUCUCUCUCCCUCCUCUUUCCAUUUCCCUUUCUAUGGUCGGCAUAGCAACAGGCGUCAGGCUCGUCAGAGGAGGCACUGUGGUCUGUUUCUCUAACUCCCUCUCCCUGUGUCUCUCUUUUCUGCCUCCCUAACUCUAUAUUUGCCAACAGUCGGAUUUCAGAUAUAAAGAUGAAGAGGUGGAGCAGUUUUCUAGGUUGUUAGUAUUGCACUCCCAACCAGUGAAAUUUAAACCGAGUAUUGACAAUGUGUGCAAUUAGCAGUGUGCUGGCAAAAACAGCGCACCGCUCCCCCUAAUGGCCAGUAUGAAUUUUGUCUCACUGGUGAAAUGUCAUUGGAGUAAAUCCUUAGCAUUUUAGCAUAAAUCCCACUGGGUGGACUCUAAAUCUUUCAUGUAGGAGGACUUUGAAACUUUUAUCUACCUGGCUGCCUGCCUGCCUGCCUACCUGUCUGUGAGCCCGGCCUCAGCGUUGAGACUCAGGUGGUGACUAGUGACUUUGUAAAAAAACACAAAACAAAAUGUUUGGAGAAAAAAAAAUGAAAAAAAGUUGUUGUGUUAGCAUGAGUGGCCUCCCUCAUGUGCUGUGUGUGGUGUGCCAUUGUGUGUGAAGAUGUGUGUGUCCCCUCAGGUCAUUUGUCAGGUUUUAAAAGCACCCACCCUACCCAUGCCACAUUUCCCCCUCACACUACUCUGCUACAGUAUUAUGUAGCUACAACCCUCCCCUCUUACUCUAUCUCUCCCUCCUGUCUGAUAAGAGGCCUGUGUUAUGAGGACAGUUGGUAUUAGUAUUUUUGCACUCUGCUCGCUGAUCUUAUUGCACUUACAGGCAUGGCAGUCGCACUCUAGUCCCACGCAGGCUUUGAUUCUGCUCCAGGUUUGCAGUCUGUUUCCCAUCAUCCACUCCCAGUGUAUCUGCUGAAGCUCACUGAAAACACAGGUGGCACACACGCACGCACGCACGUACACACACACACACACACACACUCACUCACUCACUCACUCACUCACUCAUGUAAAGGUCCCCUCAUUUUCAGCUUGCCAGUCCCUGCCCGGGCCAACUUCUCCUGGGUGGCAGCUAAAAUCAAAGCAUUCAUCCAUCCUUGACUGUGUGAAGUAAAAUGUGGAGCAGGGCGGAGUGAACUGGGCUGGAGUACGACCGCUACGCUGGUGUGGGGAGUGACUGUGUCCUGUCAGCCUCUGGUUAGUGUUCUGUUCUAAUCUGCUGGGCUCCCUUUGUGAACCUGUGGACGGUGCUUCUGUUCCGAGUGCCAUGUGAGAAACAAGCGCUUCAGUAAAAACAAAAAAAGAGGAUGUUUUACUUAAUGUUAUUUUAAUUUACCUUUAUAUUUCCGUUUGUUUGUCUGUUUUGUUAUCCAAGGGUUUAAAGUUCAAAGUUCAUACUCUUUUGUGGGGACCUGCCAACCUGCACUCCUUUUAAAUGUGAUGAAGUCUUUCUGUUGGUCCGAACCAUGUGUGCCAAAUUGUAUGUAUAUUCUUCUGUCAAUGCUUUGAAUAUUAACAGUGCAUAAAAUAAUAUGAAGACAAUUCUGGUUUUGGAUGCAUUUCCAUCAAUCUUGAAGAAUAGUGAAAAUAUAAGAGUUUUCAUAGUGUGUCAGAUUUGUAUCCCAAAAUGCUUAUGGGUGCUGACAGAAUUUUUGCUGCAGUUUACAAAAGGUUUAACACAAUUUGUAGUUUUGGAUUGGUUGCAGUCUUGCUCAAGUGUAGGCCUGCACUGUGCCUCUCUCCUUGCACACAGCUUACCUCAAUCCAAGGCACCUCCCUCCGUAUUCAUACCCUUCUCACUGUGUUUUACCAGCUUUCACAUCAUGUCGACCACAACAGGUCGAAGUGUUUACAACCAUACUAUUAGUAUCACAGUGAAAAGGGACUGGACAUGGUGCAUUUAAGGUUCAAUACUCCACCAAAAUACAUAGAUUCGCAGAAAUCUGCAAAUAUCCUCCAAAUCCAUAGCUCCACCGUAUUCCUCUCUAUGGAUUUCUAUUUCUUUCAGUUUAUUUCAAAAUGGCUUGUAUAGCAAGUGAGGGAGCAGAUGUUUUCACACAGCUGUGCAGGGAUGCCAAUACUGUAACACAGCUGCACAAAAACCCAGCUUAUUGGCUGAUCAUAGCUCAGCUCUGGCCUGCCCCAGACACAACAUUUCCGCUUUACUGCUGAUCUCAGUUCACUCAAGGAUUAUUAGAGACGUUCCUCUUUUCCCUGUGCUGCAUCUGCAGAGCCUCUUGGCCGGUGCAACAGUGGCGGCCCAAAAUUCUGCUCCAUACCGCCCCCCUUCUCUCUCCAUACACAUUUAUAGCAAAUAAAACAUUAGUUUGACAUCUGGAAUUUGAAGUUGCAUGCAGUUAUUGGCAUGUGGAAAACCGAUUAGAAUCUCUUUCUUUCUUUCACAUUUUCCCCUUGGUUCUUUUGAGCUAAGAUGCCUUUGAGAUGAACUCAAUCAGUUGGGCGGUUGGCCUGCUGCCUGAGCACACUUCCACCAUGGUGAAGCUGCAGUGUAAUGUCAUCUUGAAAUGGUUUCCCAGUCAUUCCAGACACGUAUGCAAGAGUACUUAGCAACUCAGAGAUGCACAGUGAGAAAAACAGUGUUUCAAAGUAAAAA